UGGAUGGAGCAAAUCAAUCACAUACAAAACUUGCUGCUACUAAAAACCUUAAAGGAGCUCCCUUCUUGUAAACUAAACAUUUAGUUAGUCUCCACUACUUCUCUUAUAUUUUAGACUUAAUUAAAUACGAGGGGAGCUCGUCUGGUGGUCAUUCUCUGGAUGGAAAAGAUGGAUCCAAAUCUGGCUGGAUUUCUGACAGAAAAGGAUAACAUUUUCGCUUUAAUGUGACGACAGAUUAAAUAAAACCGUUUGUUUGUUUGUGUUUUACUUUUCCUCCGAGUGUUGACACGGAACUGUUUCGAGUAAAUAGUAAAGACAAUUAAAUAUAACGUGGUUGGUAGUUUGGUUCAGAUAAGAGAACGGCGAAUAUCGUGGUGUAUAAGCGCACGCAGAGGCAGAGUGUGUCAACCACCCGGAGGGUGUGGUUGAAUUUUUAACCUUAUCCAUCCAUUACCCAAUGGUUCCCAGAUAAGUUGAAUAGAUAACUGUGCAAUGAUCUUGUGAGUUAGGAAAGUCUUUUUGGAAAAUACGAAGUUUUACAUCUUUAUUUUGUUUCUGUGCCGAGUUUUACACAAAUUUUGUGAACAAAAAAGGUCUUCUUUCAAUAAAAAGUGAUCGACUUUAACCUGCUUCAACAUGGCUGGAAAUAAUGUAAACUGUUCUUUGGACGAUAUCGACUUGGCUUGCCUUAAGGACCCUGCCGGAAUUUUCGAACUAAUUGAAGUCGUUGGAAAUGGGACGUAUGGACAAGUUUACAAAGGUCGCCACACGAAAACUGGACAGUUGGCUGCUAUCAAAGUUAUGGAUGUGACGGAAGAUGAAGAAGAAGAAAUCAAACUUGAGAUAAAUGUGCUCAAGAAAUAUUCACAUCAUAGAAACAUCGCUACGUAUUAUGGUGCAUUCAUUAAGAAAUCUCCGCCAGGACGAGAUGACCAGCUUUGGCUGGUCAUGGAAUACUGCGGAGCAGGGAGCAUUACCGACUUGGUCAAGUCAACGAGGGGUCAAUCCUUAAAAGAGGAAUGGAUAGCUUACGUUUGCCGUGAAAUCCUCCGGGGUUUGUCUCACCUCCAUGCAAAUAAAGUGAUUCACAGGGACAUUAAAGGACAAAAUGUUUUGCUCACUGAAAACGCUGAAGUCAAACUCGUUGAUUUUGGAGUAUCUGCACAAUUAGACAGGACAAUUGGACGACGAAAUACGUUCAUUGGCACGCCGUACUGGAUGGCACCAGAAGUCAUUGCAUGCGACGAAAACCCGGAGGCGACAUAUGACAAUAGGAGCGAUUUAUGGUCUUUGGGAAUAACUGCAAUAGAAAUGGCCGAAUCUGCACCCCCGUUGUGUGAGAUGCAUCCAAUGCGGGCAUUGUUCUUGAUUCCUAGAAAUCCUCCACCGAGGCUCAAGUCAAAAAGGUGGUCAAAGAGAUUCCACUCUUUCAUUGAAACAGUACUUGUAAAGGACUAUACACAACGGCCCCCGACUGAUCAAUUACUGAAGCAUCCAUUUAUUCGUGACCAACCGACAGAAAGACAAGUUCGAAUCCAACUGAAAGACCAUAUUGACAGAUGUAAGAAAAGAAACCAGCAAAAUAAGAAUGAAAAAGGCCGAUUUUCUGAUGAUGAAGAAGACGACGAGGAAACGGAGGAUAAACCAGGCGAACGUGGGGAGGAAAUUAAACCAAAAGAAAAUACGUUGAGACGUAACUUCCAUGCUUUGCAAGUAGAAGAACCAGGUCCACCAUCUCGGCCACCAUUACCUUCCAGACUAAUCGUUGUUCCUGAUGCGCUGCCACCACCCCCAAGUCGUCCCUUACCUCCCACUCCACGUGGAGCCGUGGAACCCGAUGAUGUUGAGGAUGACGACGAAGAGGAAGUGGAAUUUGUGCCGAAUCAAAUGAUUAAGAAAAGAAAUGAUGGAACGCUAUUAGCUUCAGAAUCUCCGCGUCCUGUCCCAGAAACUGGGCCUUCCAGACCACUUCCGCCAACUCCAGAUGAAAGUCAAGGAACAUUAGUCACAAGGAUAAGAGGACCUCCUCGCCCAGGAGGUGAUGGCCAUGGAGCCAGAACGUCCGUUCUGCCUGAUUUGCUUCCUCAGACAUCCGACCAAGACAUGCAAAUGGUUCGUGAGCGAGAACGCGAGCGAAUCCCACCCCCUCAUCCAGCUCACCCCCCACCGCAGAUGAUUGGUCAGGGGCCAAAGCAAAAAUCAUUUAUAACUUUUGGUUUCAAUCAGAUUGCCAACUCGUCGUCAGCUUCGUCAUCUCCGUCAAGACCGUCAAUCAAUGUAAAUGUCGAGGGUGUCAAUCCCGGCUCGCAGAAUAGUGACACGCCUGAAAUUCGGAAAUAUAAGAAGAGAUUUAACAGCGAAAUCCUAUGCGCUGCUCUUUGGGGAGUUAAUUUACUGAUUGGUACUGAAAAUGGGCUUAUGCUUCUCGAUAGAUCCGGACAAGGAAAAGUCUACCAACUCAUAAGUAGGCGUCGUUUCCAACAAAUGGAGGUGUUGGAAGGCCAAAAUAUUUUGGUAACAAUCAGUGGGAAGAAAAAUCGCGUUCGAGUGUACUAUUUAUCCUGGCUGAAAGGAAAGAUUUUGAGAACUGAAAGUGGUGAAGGAGAACGAAGAAAUGGUUAUAUUAAUGUCGGGGAACUCCAGGUUUGCGGAGCAACGCAUUUCAAGAUUGUGAAAUAUGAACGAAUCAAGUUUCUCGUAAUUGCUUUGAAGGAUGCAAUCGAAAUUUAUGCGUGGGCUCCGAAACCUUACCACAAAUUCAUGGCGUUCAAGGCAUUUUCCGACCUUUUGUACAAACCAUUGUUAGUCGACCUUACUGUAGAGGAGGGGUCUAGGUUAAAAGUCAUUUACGGCUCGGCUCAGGGAUUUCAUGCAAUUGAUCUUGAUUCUGCUUCAGUUUACGAUCUCUAUGCUCCCAAACAUAAUCAAGGACCAAUUUCUCCUCAUUGCAUUGUGACGCUGCCAAACUCAAAUGGACUGCAGCUUCUCUUGUGCUAUGACAAUGAAGGGGUUUACGUAUCCACUAGUGGAAAAAUUUCAAAGUCAGUCGUUCUCCAAUGGGGUGAGCUACCAAGUUCGGUUGCCUACAUUGGCACCGGACAAGUAAUGGGCUGGGGUCAGAAAGCAAUCGAGAUUAGAUCUGUGGAAACUGGUCAUUUAGAUGGCGUGUUUAUGCACAAAAAGAGUCAACGUCUAAAGUUCCUUUGCGAACGGAAUGAUAAAGUCUUUUUCUCGUCCGCAAAAGGAGGUGGGGCUUCACAGAUCUACUUCAUGACUUUAAAUAAACCUGGUCUUGCAAACUGGUAAAUUUCCGCGUCAACAAAUAGAAAUUUCUAUCCAUACUCUAAAAUAAAAUAAGUGUAGUCACGCUUAUUCUUAUAAAUAGCUUAAUAUCCAAUACCCAAAACUAUUUGUAUUGUGUAAGUUAGUAGAUAAAUAACUAGGAAAAAAUAUUAUGAUUGUUGCAUUCUUUCCAAUCUUACUCGCAUUUAAAAGCUCUCAUUUUGUACCUAUCAAUUUAUAACUUUAUUGAGGGGAUCAUACGAAAUUAUUAUUAUCUUUCACACACAUUUAUGUAUGCCUAUAAAUACCAUGCGGCUUCUAAAUAUACUAAUUUAUACAUAAAUAAGUCCCAAACAAAUUAAGUAAAUGACACUAUAAUGCACAGCAACCUUUUCGUAGUUUGCAAUUUGAAUAUAAUGAUUAUAUAAAUAUAUACAUAAGUCAGGUUUACAAUUAGUCGAAUCCCAGGCAUGCAUAUUAUUAAGUAUUCCUGCUACUAAAUAUUAUUAUCCAUAAAUACCUAAUUUACUGAUAAGAAGGGCGAACAUGCCAAUUUUUUCAACCUUCCCGACUGCAGCAUGCUCCUCCAGGCCAAUACUUAUCUACUUAUGAUUAUUAUCUAUUAUUACAUGACUUAAUAGCAGAUGGAUUAUCUAUGUCAUAAUAAAUAUAGAUGAUAAAUAUAUGUACGGAUUCAAAUUUUAUAAAUUUAUUAUGUAUGCAUUCAAUUUGGAAAGACUUUUUGUAACUUUAGGAAUGAAUGCUUGUUAAAAAUAAUUAGUACCAAAAAAACUAAAUACAUACAUGCAAUUCUUACUGCUAAAUAAGACAACAAAUUGUACCUUUUUGACACACUUGCUUUUCAAAAAACUUUCUCAUGAUAUAUACUCUAAAACUGGAAAUUUUUUAAAAAAUUUGUUUCUAUUCUCUACGUACGUACAUUUCCAUAAAUAAAUAUUUGACAACCAUUCAUAUUUAAUGUUGCGUUCACAUCAAUAAUUUAUGUAUAAGUUGUUUGUGCAGUGUUAAAUUAUUAUUAUGCAAAUUCAAUUGUUUACCACGUUGUUACAUUAUAUACCGUUUUGUAUAUCAAAUUAUUAUAUAAGUUUGUGUCUCGAAUAAAGCUAUAUUUCAAGCGUUCGUUAAAUAA